ACGGCAGUCACACCCUGCGAGCAGCUCUGUGCCCUCGGAGGUCCUCCCGCCUGCCUGUCCCCAUGCCUCUCCUCCUGUUGCUGCUUCUGCUGCCGCGCCCCUCACACCCCCAGUUGCUCUGUGAGGUCUCCAAGGUGACCAGGCUGCUGGAAGUGAACUGUGACAACAGGGGGCAGAAGGCACUGCCUCCAGAUCUGCCCAGAGACACAGCCAUCCUUCACCUGGGCGAGAACCCCCUGGGCACCUUCUCCACAGCAUCCGUGGCGUCCCUGACCCAGCUCGCACAGCUGUACCUGCGUCAAAGCCAGCUGACCACCCUGCACACGGACGGGGUGCUGCCACAGCUGGAGACCCUGGACGUCUCCCACAAUAAGCUGAAGAGCCUGCCUUUGCUAGGACAGGCCCUGCCAGCCCUCACCACCCUGGACGCCUCCUACAACGAGCUGACCGCGCUGUCUCCUGGUGCUCUGAACGGCCUGAGCCGGCUCCAUGAGCUCUACCUGCGCGGCAACAAGCUCAGGACUCUGCCCCCGGGGCUCCUGAGGCCCGUGGCCCAGCUGAGGAAGCUCAAUCUGGCCGACAACAAGUUGAAUGAGCUGCCCCCAGGGCUCCUGGAUGGCUUGGGGGAGCUCGACACCCUCUACCUCCAAGGGAACUGGCUGCGCACCAUCCCAAAGGGCUUCUUCGGGGACCUCCUCCUCCCUUUCGCCUUUCUCCACAACAACCCCUGGGCCUGUGACUGCGAGAUCCUCUAUUUCGCUCGCUGGCUGCAGGACAACUCCAAUAAUGUCUACUUAUGGAAGGAGGGUGUCGACGUCAAGGCCAUGACUCCCAACGUGGGGAGCGUGCAAUGCGUCAACCCAUACAACACACCCGUCUACACCUACCCAGGGAAGGGCUGCUCCAUUCUCGGGGACGGGGUUGACCUAGGUUAUGAUGACUAUGAAGAAGAAGAGGUGGGAAAGGUACCUGCCACCAGGGCUGUGGUCAGCUUCUCCACCGACACCAGAGCCCACACAACCCACCGGGCCCCCCUCCACUCGGCAUCCACUGCUUCUCCAGACCACCAGAUGUCCCAUCUGUCUUACACCCUGGAGUCCACGAAGAAACAGAGCAGAUUCCCAACUGCCCCAGAGCCCAGCAUGUCCAGCAUGCCCUAUCCCCCACCCUCCACCAAACCCCCCACCACCCUGAAGCCCACCAUGCCCCACCCCACGACCUCCACCAUGACCAUGACCACUCCAGAGCCCAUGCUCCCCACCAGCCUGGAAACUACGACACCCUCCACCCCCCCCCCCCCCGCCCCCCCCCCCCCCCCCCCAGAGCCCACCACGCCCCCCACCACAACCCCCACCACCCCGGAGCCCACCACAACCCUAAUCUUGUCUGAACUGACCACAUCUGAGAUCCCAGAAUCAACCUCACUCCCUACUAUUUUGCAAUACCCAACAACCACCUCCUUUGUCUACCUCCCAAAGGCCCACGAGGUGGUUCAAGGGAAUUUGGAGAGCUCCAGAAAUGACCCUUUGCUCAACCCUGACUUCUGCUGUCUCCUCCCCCUGGGCUUCUAUGUUUUGGGUCUCCUCUGGCUUCUGUUUGCCUCUGUGGUCCUUAUCCGGCUGCUGGCUUGGGCCCAGCCCACAGGGCCACGGGCCCUGGCCACAGCCACGCACACCACACAUCUGGAGCUGCAGAGGGGAAAGCAAGUGACCAUGCCCCGGGCCUGGCUGCUUUUCUUUCAAGGCUCACUCCCCAUUUUCCGCUCCAGCCUCUUCCUGUGGGUACGGGCUGAUGGUCAUGUGGGGCCCCUCCAGGCAGGACGGCGGCCCUCUGCCCUGAGUCUGGGCCGGGGUCAGGACCUGCUGGGAACAGUGGGCAUUAGGUAUACUGGCCACAGUCUCUGAGGGGGGCUGGUUUGGGGACCCACGGAGGCUGUGAUGGCCUUUUGUACUGGGAUCUAGCUGGGGGUGGGCGGGCAAGGAGCACAGGGUCAGGGGGAGAUUUAGUCACUUUUAUCAGAAGCGUGGUACCACACGCACAACCUCAGCGAAGCAGCAGGGGUGGAGAGGAGCAGGGUGGGUCAUAGAACAAAGCUCCCUAUGCUGCAGGAGGGGUUCACAAACCACUAGGUCAUUACCAUCACUUUGGAGGAAGUUUGAGGAAAAAGGAAAGGGAACAGGGCAGGAUUCUCAGACGCGUGUACCGAAGGGAACUGGGAAAGAUCUGUAUCAAGAUGUGAGCCCUGAUCGUCCCCGGGGAGCGUAAACAUGGUGGUUUCCUUUCCUUUUUCUGUUGAGCAUUUUGUAGUUUUCCACCGUUGUAUGUUAUUUGGAGAAUAAAAAGGUAACUUCAAAAAAA